AUGGUAGGCCUUACUCUCCCUCUGGUUGGCACCCAGCUACAAGUCGCUCUGGUACUUCUCAUCGUUGCUCCUUCGUUCAUUCUCUUCGGAUACAACCAAGCGGUCUUGGGCAGUCUACUCAGCCUCCGAAGUUGGGUGUCAGUGUUCCCAGCCAUAGACACUAUAAACACCUCGGGUGCAAAAAAGUCCCAUAACUCGACAUCCCAGGGUGCAUGCAAUGCCUCGUUUCAGAUGGGGUGUCUGAUCGGUGCUCUAUCCCUUUCUCUGUACGGCGACAAACUCGGACGUCGAAAGACAGUUUUCAUCGGAGCUGUGAUCACCGUCGUCGGUCAGGCUCUGCAGGUCUCCGCAACCACAUUGAUCCAGUUGGUCGUUGGACGAGUUAUCCUAGGGUUCGCUAUUGGCCAAAUCAGUGGCACGGUACCUGUAUGGCUAUCGGAAUGUGCCUCGCCGAAGUACCGCGGACAACUGGGUAUCUGUACGGGUAUCUUCAUCAGUACGGGAUACACAUUGUGCAACUGGAUUGAUUUGGGAUUCAGCUAUUUACCCCCUUCCACUGGACAAUGGAGAGCUCCGCUAGCUAUUCCCUUCCUCUUCUCGGCAAUGAUACUAGUUUCUGCUUUCACAUUCCCGGAGUCACCUCGUUGGCUGGUAUCUAGAGGCCGAGUCGAAGAAGCCACAACUAGUCUGUGCCGCUAUCGAGGGAAGGAUGCGCAUGAUGAGAUGAUUAUGGGCGAGAUAGCCCAUAUUCAGCUUGCUUUGGAGGGGAGUGGGACCAUGUCCGUCCUGGAUAUCUUCGAUCGCAAGGACAAGACGCGUCUCUUGUUGCGCUUUUGGCUCUGCAUGGGGCUGAACUUCUUCCAGCAGGCCUGCGGAGGUAACCUAAUAUCCGUUUACAGUUCCACUAUCUUCGAAAACUACCUACACAUGACGCCCACCAUGUCUAGAGUCCUAGCGUCCUGCGUACUAUCAUGGAAAACUCUCUGCUGCAUAAUAACAUUCUGGACUAUCGACAACUGGGGCCGUCGUCUAUCCUUCAUGGUAAGCGGAGCCGGUAUGUCCGUUUGCAUGGCCGUGCUAGCCGUCACCACCGGCUUGGGCAAAAUCACGCAUCCAAUGGCGAUAGCAUACGUUGCCUUUAUGUUUGUCUUCAACUUCUUCUACCCAAUCGGCUUCAUGGGUGGCAACUUUCUCUAUACAGCUGAGAUUGCGCCCGUGCGUCUGCGAGCGGCCAUGUCUUCGCUCGCAACUGCUAACCACUGGCUAUGGAAUUUGGUGGUCGUCUUAGUUACGCCGGUUGCUAUUGAUACGAUUGGGUGCUGGUACUACGUGAUCUAUGCGCUCAUAUCUGCGACGAUACCAGUCUGCGUGUACUUCUUUUAUCCGGAGACGAUGCACCGUAGUCUGGAGAUGCUGGAUCGGGUGUUUGUGGAUGCCCCUUCUAUCUGGAAGAUUGUGCCGAUGGCCAGGGGGUUGCCGCUCGGGGAAGUCGGCACAGCAGAGAGUGGAGGUAAAGUGUCUGAGGAGAAAAAAGCGGAUGAUGCUGAUGUCCUCUACAGCCACCUCGACACCACCUUCGACGAGCGCAUCGAGCGCGGCAAGACCCAACUCAAACUACGCCCGCAACGUAUAGCAUGUCAAGAUGCGACAGCCCAAAUGGCUCUCAUCCAGUUCAUGUCCGCCGGACUAGACACAGCUGCCGUGCCCACGACAGUCCAUUGUGAUCAUUUGAUCGUCAGUCGUGACGGCGAAACGCAGGACCUCGCGCGAGCGCUCGACAAUCAUAAAGAGGUGUACGAUUUUCUCGAGUCCGCAUGUCAGAAAUACAACAUGGGUUUCUGGAAGCCUGGCGCAGGAAUCAUUCACCAGAUUGUACUGGAGAACUACGCCUUCCCUAGUGGGAUGAUGAUCGGCACGGAUUCGCAUACCCCCAAUGCGGGAGGUCUGGGCAUGAUAGCUAUCGGAGUCGGCGGUGCUGAUGCUGUGGACGUGAUGGCUGGAUUGCCACUGGAGCUGCAAGCGCCCAAGGUAUUGGGUGUUCGUUUGACGGGGGAGUUGUCCGGAUGGGCAUCGCCGAAGGAUAUUAUCAAUGCCGUUGCUGGGACGCUUUCGGUCAAGGGAGGAACAGGGUCCAUUAUUGAGUACUUUGGACCUGGGGCGCAGACUUUAUCGGCUACUGGAAUGGCAACGGUUUGCAAUAUGGGUGCAGAGACGGGUGCCACGACGUCCAUAUUCCCUUAUGCGCCACAGAUGGCGGAUUAUCUUCGUGCUAACCAUCGCCAUGAGAUGGCUGAUGCGGUUAAGAGCAUUGCGCCGGAGCUGCAGGCUGACCAGGGGGCUGAGUAUGAUAAUGUCAUUGAGCUGGAUCUGUCAGCUCUCGAGCCACGCAUCAAUGGACCUUUCACGCCGGACUUUUCUACGCCGGUUUCGCGGUUCGGUGAAGCCGCAGCGGAGAAUCAGUGGCCGGAUAUGGGACGUGCAGCUAGUCUCGCUCAGCAGGCAUUGGAUGCAGGGUUGGAACCGAAGAUGCCGCUUUUGGUAUCCCCGGGUAGUGUUCAGACGCGCGAGACGUUGAAAGAUGCUGGCAUCUUGCCAGUCUUUGAGAGACUCGGUGCGACGAUGCUUCCCAAUGCCUGUGGACCAUGCUGUGGGUCUUGGGAUAGAGUUGACAUGCCAAAGGGCACCCCUAACUCCAUCAUAACCUCCUACAACCGGAACUUCUCCGGUCGAUUGGACUCCAACCCAGCAACCAACGUAUUCCUAGCAUCCCCCGAGCUCGUCAUUGCAAAGGCCUUCUCCCGCGACCUAUCCUUCGAUCCAACCACCGACAAGCUCCCUACACCCUCCGGCGAGCAAUUCCAUUUUCUCCCGCCAACCAGUGACUCCCUCCCCUCAAAGGGCUACCUCUCCUCCGACUCAGCCUACGCACCCCCACCCGCAAACCGAGACAACAUCUCCGUCAAAAUUGACCCUUCAUCUCUCCGCCUCCAAAAGCUCUCCCCAUUCCCACCCUGGCCUGGACACGACUUCGAGAACUGCGCUAUCCUGAUCAAGGCAGCCGGAAAAUGCACAACAGACCACAUUACCCCGGCCGGUCCAUGGUUCCGCUACCGUGGACACCUCGAAAACAUCUCCAACAACACGCUAAUUGGGGCAACCAAUGCCGAGAACGGCAAGGUGAACAGUAUUCGGAACCAGCUCACGAAGCAAGACGGACAGGAAGUGCCCGCUACAGCACGUCACUACAAAGAAAACGGCGUGCCGUGGGUGGUCAUCGCAGACCAUAACUACGGCGAGGGCAGUUCGCGGGAGCAUGCGGCGCUGCAGCCGAGGUAUCUAGGUGGUGUGGCGAUCAUCGCAAAGUCCUUUGCGAGGAUUCAUGAAGCGAAUCUGAAGAAGCAGGGAUUGUUGGCGUUGACGUUUGAGAAUGAGCAGGAUUAUGAUAGGGUUAGGGCCGAGGAUCGGAUUAGUAUUAUGGGGCUUGGAGAAGGGGAGUUUGUUCCGGGGAGCAGUUUGAGGUUGGUGGUUAAUGGAGGCGAGUGGGAGGCUGUGCUCAGACAUAGUUUUACCGAGGAGCAGAUUGGGUAUUUUAGGAGUGGGAGUGCGUUGAACCUGAUGGCAGGGAAGUAG